AUGAUCAACCCUAUCAUCCCGAUGCAAGUACGUGUGCACUCGGAGACCGGGUUGUCAACGCCCGGCCCACGAGGGAGGGAAGGAGGGGAGGGGGAGCAACAUCACUCUCAAUGUCUAAAGUCCGAAACAACAAGACGCACGUCAAAGGAUGCAAGUACGCAUUCCAAAACGACAUCACCAAGCUUGACCGUCGGCCACGCCGAGAAACCUCAAUCCCAACAAGAAAGUAUAAGAGAACCCGGUCUGGCCGCCGUUGCGCGGCCAAAAGAAAGAGACUACCUUACGGGGUUUGGUACACUAGGUACUCGUAGGUAUGGCAAGGGCAAAUCUCCAACAGCUCCAAACAUCUCUUUGCUUCCCGCCGCUUGCUCCCAUCCAUCCCAUCCAUCACUUUGGGAGAGUUCAUCGAACCCGACCCGAACGAACCCGGUCCUGGCUGCGAAACACGAGGCACAGAUAACUACAUGCCCCUACUCAGUACCUACCUAUCCAUGCAAUGCCAGCGCGGUGCAGACUGCAGUGAACCCGACUCCUUGGCCGAUCUGGUACACGUACCCACGCGAUGUCUCUCUCCAAGGACUCUUCAAAUUUUUGAACUCACCGUCCUCGUUCCCUGUCCCCCGUCAUUCAAAUGAGUGA